GUAAAAUAGUGCUGAAUUAUUCACUUUUAUUCAUACAGCUACCCCCACAAAGUAUCAGGAAGUGCCAAAUGAAGGCAGCAGUUCUUAUGUCGAACGUCAUUGGGUCCCGCAAUGCCCUGAUAAUUACAUUCCAAAGCCGCGAGGGUAAAAAACAUGUCCCCACAAUAUCCCUCAACGAUGCAUCACAUGACAAUGGACAUGCUGCGUUACCUAAACCUGGGAGAAGAAGACGCAUUUCUAAGCGUAUAGGCUGUAUGGCACGUGUUGCAUUUCGCAUCCUUGGACAUGAUGGUUACGUUCUCAGCAUAUUCGAAGAACAACACAAUCAUCCUCUCACUUCUCUCCCCUACAGGCCAUUUUCGAAGAUCAACAGGAACAUUGAUCUAGGCCAUAAGAAGUUCAUACUCAACUGUGCUAAAGCGAAUAUUGGCACCAUGAAAUCAUACCGACUUUUCAAGGAGUCCGCUGGUGGGUAUUCAAGUGUUGGUGCUAUUGUUGUGGACUUCAAAAACAUCAGACGCGAUUUGAAGGCCUAUAUUGCUGGUGGAGAUGCUCAAAUGGUAAUUGACAAAUUAUUCCGAAAAUCAGAAGUAUGCCCUGGAUUUAGGUUUGAUUAUGAAGUUGACGAGUACGACCAGCUGUCCAGGCUAUUUUGGUGUGACGCUGCUUUUAGGAAAAGCUACUCCCUGUUUGGUGAUGUUGUCUCCUUUGAUGCCACAUAUAAAACCAACAGGUACAUGAUGAUAUUCGCUUCGUUCACUGGUGUCGACAACCAUAAAAAGUGCAUGACAUUCGGCUUUGGCUUACUGUCAAGCGAGGACGCUGAGUCAUAUUCAUGGUUGUUGAGAUCAUUCAUGAACGCGAUGGGGAAUGCUCCAAGCUGUAUCAUAACUGAUCAAGAUCCUUCAAUGUGAAUUGCAAUAGAAGAAGUCUUAGCACAAACCAAGCAUCGCUAUUGAUUGUGGCAUAUUAUGAACAAACUAUCAGGGAAAGUUGGUCCGGUGUUAAGCAAGGAUACGGAAUUCAUGAAUCGCAUUAAUCAGGUGGUCUGGACU